AUGGCUGCUCCCCCACAGGGGAGACCCCCACCGCACACCAGGGCAAAUCAUCUUCCCCCUGGUUAUUUUACCCUUUUCGUCAUGAACCUCCCUUACGAUUGCUCCCAUGAAGAUACCUUCUGCAUCUUCCAACGCUUCGAAAAAGUCAUUGACAUCUACAUCCCCUACUUCCCCAACUCCUCGCGGCCUCGCGGAUUUGCAUUCGUCCACUUUCAAUAUGAAGAUGAAGGUCGGGCGGCCAUGGGAGUCCUUGAUGGGCACCGAAUAGACGGCCGCAAAGUCCAAGUGCAGAUAGAAAAACUGAGGAAGAACCGACCGCCGCAAUCCAAUCCUAUCCCCAAAAACCCACCCCCACUCCCCAUCCCAAAACUGUUACCCUCCCAACUCCUUCACGGGGAUCCUUCGCAACCAACCCCAAAGAAAGCCUCUGGAUCCUCUGCCCCACUUCCAAACCCCCGGAACAGAGGAUUUCAUUUCUACAGUGGAUAA